AUGGUCUUGGUGCGCACGGAUGCUGGACAGCUUGUCAUGGUCCCUCAGCAGGCUCUAGCACAGGCUCAAAUGCAGGCCCAGGUCCAAACACAGGGACAGGGGCCGACCASCAUUUCACCCAGGCUUGCAGUGCCCACAAGUGGCCCAGUGUUUCGCCUAACAACAGCUCAGCAACCAACUUCUGUAGCCACAUCUACUGUCCGCCUAGGACUUCCAGUGCAAGCCAAAGUUGUUCAAUCAACUGCUACGCCUGUUAGUGCUACUUCUGCUGCGACUCUACCAGGUGGCUCUAUUCUUUCACAUACCACAGUAUCAGUAGCUGCAACAAAUGCUCAAGGUUUAUUCAAGACAACAGUAGCAACUGGAACUUCAGCUUCUCAACAACCCACAGUAGUUGCUGGUGGACAGACUCAAGCCUCAGCACAAACCCAGGGUCAACCUCGGCUGCCGCUUCCACCUCAUACAACAGCACAAGUACCAGCACAGCCCCAGGUCAUACCAAGCUCUCCUGUACCCGGAACUACAGUAGUAUCACAGGAAAUGCAAGAGAAUGUGAAAAAAUGCAAAAACUUUUUGGCUACCCUUAUAAAACUUGCUUCUCAUAAUUCACCUUCUCCAGAAACAUCCCGUAAUGUGAAAGCUCUGGUUCAGGAUUUGUUGGAUGCAAAGAUUGAUCCAGAAGAAUUUACAGGUCGCCUUCAAUCAGAGCUCAAAUCAUCUCCUCAGCCAUACCUUGUACCUUUCCUUAAGAAAAGUCUACCUGCAUUGAGACAAUCUUUACUGAAUAGUCAACAUUCAGUUUUGCAAGGACAGCCGUCUCAGCAGUCACUUCAACAAACGAAGCUAUCACAGAUUUUACCUCAAUCYGCCUCUGGAAGUAUUUCCGCUGUUGUCACAACGCAGACAAUAGGAAUAAGGCAACCAAACAACAUUUGCACGGUCUCUGUGUCAAAUACAGUGCAGCCUCCUCAGGUUAAGGUGGUACAGUCAAAUCAAAGUUCUCAACUGCAGAUUAUCCAGUCAACAUCUGCUCAAACUGUGAAACGAAACCCUGCUUGCCAGACUACCCAGAUUAGGAUGCCAGUGGUAAUAACUCAGACCAUUAGACCACCAGGCACAGUAGGGAAGGCACCAACAAUCCAAGCCAGCAAAAGUCCUGGGGGCUUCGGUGUUCAGGUCUCUGCAAAUCAGAAAAACAAGCUGAAUGACCCUGGAGGUGGUUCUUUCAGAGAUGAUGAUGACAUCAAUGAUGUUGCCUCUAUGGCUGGUGUUAAUCUAAAUGAAGAAAAUGCCCGAAUUAUGGCUACCAACUCUGACUUGGUUGGAACCCAGAUACAGUCCUGUAAAGAUGAACCCUUUCUUGCUGCUAUACCUCUGCAUAAACGCAUACUUGAAAUGGCUAAAAAAUUAGGAAUUACUGAUGUGCCAGCUGAGGUGGUUACUUUUAUUUCCCAUGCAACACAAAACAGAUUAAGAACAGUGAUAGAAAAAGUAACAGUGAUAACACAGCACCGUAUGGAGUCACACAAAGAUGAUGAAUGGUAUGAACAAGCUACAGAUGUCCGAUCACAGUUGAAGUUUUUUGAACAGUUGGAACGUUUAGAAAAGCAAAGGAAAGAUGAACAAGAGAGGGAAAUAUUGCUAAAGGCUGCUAAGAGUCGCUCAAGGCAAGAAGACCCAGAGCAAGCUAGACUGAAACAAAAAGCAAAGGAGAUGCAGCAACAAGAACUUGCACAAAUGAGGCAGAGGGAUGCCAAUCUAACUGCACUGGCAGCUAUUGGUCCCAGGAAGAAGCGGAAGCUGGAUUCGCCUGGGCUGCUUACCGUGGGAGGAGAGGGCCUCGGGAUGUCUGGUGGAAGUCAGGCUGGCCUGGGGACUCCUUCAUCCAGGCAGUAUGCACGACAGAAAAUAACUCGUGUAAACCUCAGGGACUUCAUCUUCUACAUGGAACAGGAAAGAGAAACGAGCCAUUCUCUCCUGCUCUAUCGAGCUCUGCUUAAAUAAAGCCAAGAAUUGUACUGAUAUCUCUCCAUACAGAAGCUCAGUUUGCAUUGAAAAGCUGUCAUUUUAAUGUGCCUUCUAUUUUUUUCAGAAGUCGAUGUUUCUGUAGUUUGUUUUGCAAAAUUGUCAGACACAUGCAAUAAAUUCCCUUUAUGUAAUUUUUUUUAAAUGUGCAAAAGGUUUUAAAAUGUUAAAUUCACAAAUAUAAUUAUUUUCCAAGUCUUACUCCAUUUGGCCAUUUUGAAUGAGGUUAAAAUAGACAACAUGGAAAUUAUACCAAUGGAAAGACUGUCUGCAAUGGCUUGCAAAAAAACAUCUUACUCUGAGACAGACUGGGAUGGGCUCACAGCACUGGGAUCCAACCAUGGGGGUAACUUAUAYAUUCACUUAUGGUGCUGGGUUUCUUUUCUUUACGUUUCACUGGCACUGUUUCCACUGACUAACCAUGGUGAUACCUGUUGUUAUUUUUAGAUUAGUUAAAAUUGCAUUUUUUUGCACAGCUAAAAGAAUAGCCACUGCACACUCCACAAAUUUUAUGUAUUUAGGA